UCCCCUAUCCCACAAUCCACAUCGCGAAUCCGGACAUCCGCCAUUUCACGUUGGUCAUUUCCUGUCUGUGCUUUGUUGGCCUAUUUUCGACUCCUUUUGACAAAAUUCCGGACUUAUUUUGAAGACUUGUGACCAAGAACAACAGAAUAAGUACAGUGGAGAGGCCCAGGAUGUCCAAACGUGUGACGGAAGAGAUUGUCAUUGUGGAGGGAGGAGAGGAGAAGAGGAUGAGAGUGGAGGAUGGAAACGACGAGUCAGAGGAAGUUGUAACAGAGAUGGCGUCCGCUGUGGCUGUCACAACGGUAUCAGUCAUCACCCAGGCGAUCCACAUCAACGAACCAAUCGGCUCCCUGCGACAGCUUCUGGAGCCCAGGGUGCAGUCAUCGCUAGAAAGCCACAACAUCUACCUCCAAGAUAUACCUCUGGACCCAGGACAGAGCCUGUUUGACCAGGGUGUGAAGACAGACGGUGUUGUCCAGCUGAGUGUCCAGAUUGUGUCCAACACAGGAGAGGAGGCUCGCCUGAACAUUCUGGAGGUGGUGAAACCUAUCCAGGAGACCAUAGAACUGGCUGUACCACUGGAGGAAGCACAUCAGGAGCAGGGUAAGGCUCAGGAAAAUCAAUGCCAUGUUUCCAAUUAUGGCCCUGAAAAAGGAGGGAGAAGGAUAGAGCUAACUGAUAACCUGGCUGUACCCGACGUCCAAGCACCGAGACUUGCGUAG